AUGAAAAUUGCAUUCAUCCACCCAGAUUUGGGUAUUGGUGGCGCUGAGCGACUAGUAGUUGAUGCUGCUGUGGGCCUUCAAUCUCUAGGUCAUGAAGUGACAAUCUACACGUCAUAUCACGACAAAAACCACAGUUUUGACGAAACAAACGAUGGAACUCUGAAGGUGAUAGUCGAAGGAAAUAAAAUAGUACCACCUAAGAUAUUUGGAAGGUUGGCAAUUCUAUGUGCUAGUCUGCGGCAGCUUCACUUGACUAGAAACUUAAUCAACAGUUCUGUAGGCAAUGACUACGACGUAUUUAUUGUUGACCAGCUGUCAAUCUGCGUUCCUAUCAUCAGGUUCUACCUAAAAGGAAGAAUUCUAUUUUACUGCCAUUUUCCAGACCAGCUACUUACUCAGCGUAAAAGUACCCUCAAGAAGUUAUACCGAGUUCCAUUCGACUGGUUAGAAUCAUGGUCGACAGGAAUUGCUGAUGUGAUUUUAGUCAAUAGCAAAUUUACAAGAUCUGUUUUUCAGAAGACAUUUAGUGGUGUCAAGCGUCUUCCUGAGGUUAUAUAUCCCAGUGUUGACACAGAACAGUCAGGUAAAGCGUUGGACAGCCAAGCAACAGCUACAUUCUCGGUCAAUGAUGAUGCAAAAGUGAUAUUGUCGAUUAACCGGUUUGAAAGGAAAAAAAAUAUAGAAUUAGCUCUGAGAGCAUUUGCAAUUGUAGCACGCGAUGAAAAGUCAUCAGUUCUUUAUCUUGCUGGAGGAUAUGAUCCUCGGGUGGAUGAAAAUAUUGGGUAUCUCAAGGAGCUACAGAGCUUAUCAGAUGAACUUGGAUUAUCACACACGACGAUUUUCCCAAGUGAUACCCCCAAGAAGGAAAAGGUAUCAACAAGAGUCGUGUUUUUGCCGUCUGUAGCAUCAUCUCUCAAAACAUACCUAUUGAAAAAUGCUCAUCUAUUGUUAUACACUCCUUCAUAUGAGCAUUUUGGUAUUGUUCCUCUAGAAGCUAUGGUGAAUGGUACACCAGUUUUGGCAACUGACACAGGUGGUCCUCUAGAAACUGUUGUUAAUGGAGUAACGGGUUGGAACAGACCGUCCGACCCGACCCAGUGGGCCAAAGUGAUCAAGUAUGUCGUCAUGGUAAUGUCACCAGAGGCUAGAGAACUCUUGUCGUCAGCGGCUAAGAAGCGGGUCAAAGACCAUUUUUCAACUGCUAAAAUGGCCAAGGAGUUUGAAUACUAUGCUAUAGCUAGCACCAAAGUAAAGCGACAAGAUAUUGCUCACUUUGGCAGAUUUAUAGAUUUCGCUCGUGCAAUUCUAGUGGUCCUCAUUGUAGUCCUCAUUGUAAGCAUUUUUAACUUUUUAGGCCACAAAUAA